UAUAGUUAACGUGAACUACGCUGUUUCCAGGCAGGGCUGCCACGUUUAUGGUCACAGUGAACCGUACGCUUUAUAGUCAAAGGCGGCCCGUUUACAGUCAAUGCAAUGCUGUCACGUCUGUGUUUAACCUGGGUCGUAUGGUUUUCAGUCAUAGCUGGUCCGUUUAUAGUCUGUGCUGUCAUGUCUGUGUCUAACCUGGAUUGUGUGGUUUUCAGUCAUCGCUAGUCCGUUUACAGUUAGGGUUGUCACGUGUGUGGUUAACCUGGACCAUAGUGAUUCCAGUCAGAUCUGGGCCAUGUAUGGUUAACGUGAACUGUACUGUUGUAAGUCAGCGCUGGAAUGUUUAUCAUUAACAAGGACUGUACCGUUCCAAUUUAGCGCCAGACCGUUUACGAUGACCGCCUCCCACUCUAUUUCCAUUUAACCCUGGCCCGUUGACAGUUAAUGUGAAAUGCUCCUUCCCUCUUAACGUGAGCUGUUCUGUUCAGUGUUGGUUCAUUCCUUUUAACAGGGAUCUUUUCCUUCAGAGCUCCUCUGUUUACUUUCAACUCGGACCGUUCAUUUUCCAUUUGACAUCAUCCAUUCCAUCCAGUGGGAGCCUGUUCCAUUCAGUAAUAGACUUCUCUGUUCGGUAUUGGCAUGUUCCUCACAGCCUGGAUUGUACCAUUGCCAUUUCCGCCCUGUUUCCAUUUUACAUGGCCUGUUCCAUUCAGCAUGGACCGUUCCAUCUUUGUUUUAUUCGGACUUUUCUAUCUUAACCAGGACUGUUCCGUUUAUCUUAAACAUGCACCAUUUCCCCUCAGAGAGGGUAGAGCCGUACACUUUGCCUGACUGGACGUAGCUGGCUGACAUCAUACUAGUGGUGUUUAAUGGCACAGUUUCCACAGGAAUUCCCCAAAUAACUGUUGUGUCUGCUACCUAAGAGAGAGAUCUGUAAAGUAAUGUCAGCGAUGUCGAGGUCUUAAGUUAGGAAUAGGGUCAUUGUCAUUAUCAUUGAGUAGCAAGCAGAUUGUAGCAGGUAGACUUGGCUUUUUAUUUAUUGGCUAUGUACCUACAAUAGCCUUUCUAUUUCUACAUAAUUCAAGGCGUGUAGUAUGUUAUUUUUGGUUGUAUAGGUGUAUUCUCACAUUCUCCAGUGUAAUAAAAAAAAAUAGGAUUUUCAACUUGCCGUACAGGAUUGUUAAAUUUCUCAGUGGAUUGCUAAAAUUACCAAUCCAUAGCAGGUAGUGGGGGGGGGGGUAUAUAAUUUUUACUCUAACCCCCUGUGUAUUGCUACUAGCGUAUCAAGGAAUGCAGCCAGAAAAUUGCUAUUUUAUUUUGUGUGCCUUUUUUUUUCCCCCUCAGGCCCAGGGGAACUUCUCUUAAUCUGGUAAUACACUAAACCAGUCUAGCCUACAGAACGGAGGAGGGGGAGAAAAACCAACACAGUAACGUUUUUAUAACUGGCACCCUGAAACAAAGAUGGGAGAAAUUACCCAGCGGGAAAAAAGCAGCGACGACGGCAUCUUAGGCUCAGCCAGCUCCGGUCGCAGAGACGGAGAGAUUCUCUGGGCGACCCGGGGUCGUCAUCCACAAUCGGAGGCAGAGCGAGAGGGGUCUUUGCCAAGUUGUCACUUGUUUUUCUUUGGGAAUAAGCUCCGUGUCGAGGCAGCCGCCAGACAUAGCCCCUGUCCUUUUGUGGGCAAGGGGGCUGGUUUCAGUUGGGAAGGAAUUUUUUCCCGUCAUAGACAUGCGCUGCUGAUUCAGUGAUCAGCUCUGUGACUUUAGGCACCCGGAGAAACAGGAGUGUAAGUGGAUUGGGAGGGCGGUCAUCCAUCUCUGCCGCUGAUUUGACUCCCCCCCCCCCCCCCGAGAAUCAAAUCGGAUGAUGCAGAUCUCAAUUUCAUUAUUUGACCAUAAAAGGCACGGUUUCACUAUUUUGUUUUGUCCAUAAAAGUGUUGGUUUCACUGUUUCUGUCCUGAAGUCGUCCCGUCGUUAUUAAUGACGCUUUGGUGUGAUGCAAAGUUAUUUUGAGGAUUCUGGAGCUGGUAGUGGGCAGAGCAGACAACAGGUGUCUAUUGUGUUUUCUUACAGCAGAUUCUGUCUAAGUGGGGAUCUCCAGUUUUGCUUUGCCCUUCCAUGAGCUUAUCACAUACUUUCCUUGCCUCUUUUCCUGGGUAACAUCAGUCCGCUUCUCAUGAUCGUGUUGUCAAACUUACUUUAAAUUUUUUUUGUGAACUCAAGGCCAUUUUUCUUUAUUAUUUAGGUAAAUUUGGUUGUCUCAUAUUCUGGCAUCACACCAUCUGUUGUGUGGUUGGGUAUCCGGUAUUAUUUUGGGAGACGGUGACCGCAGGUGAUAGACAACUCUUUUAUAUUGUACUCUUUGUUUUGAUUGCGACCAGAACAGUCAGACUUGAAGUCCUAUAUGCAAUUGUGUUUUUCUAUAACACAACAGGUAUAUUUUAAAUGUUUUCCUAUUUAUAUAGUUUGUUUUAACAGGCACACUGAUAUCAGAAAUGAAUGUUUCUUGAGUGAUGAUGUUGCAACUAUGGCUGUAUUUGUAGGUAUGGCUGCCUUGUCACAAAUAAGCAGCACGCUGAUUUCCUCCUGGAAAUGUUGGACAUGUGUAAGGUGGUCCAGUUAGAAUCCAAGGCUGCAUUGCCAUUGGUGUUCUCUUUGGGUGGGAGGGACCUGUUCUGGCUGCAUUAUUUACCUGUCAGGGAGUAAGAGCCAAAAUCAGCUUGAUAUUUCACUGAAGAGAAUUUUAUGUAUUUUAUUCUGUUUCUUUGUGGUUGAUCUUCCCUGAGAGUGGUCCUGGAGGGAGGGUGAUCCAUGGGAGGCAAAGUACCUUUAAGAGGAAGUGACACAUUUGGUGAGGCAGCCAUAGUUGGGGCUUUGAAGACCCCCGUCCUGUUUGGCUGUCACAUAAUGAUUCUCUCUGGCUGUCACUGUUCAUUCCUCACUGGCUAGUUUAUGACUGGUAUUUUACUGCUUAGCCAAUACCAGGGCAACCCGCUAUUUUGCCUGCCUAUUUCACUGGUGUUUUAAUGAGGCGGUUCAGGUUAAGUAGCUUCUAGAAGGCUCCAGUACAGCAUGGCAAGUCUGCGCUCAUUAUUGCUGUGCUGCCUGCUACUACUUUCAUGAAACUUCACUUGUCUGUAUUAUCUGCUCUGCUGAGCCCCCAUUGUUAGUCUUGCGUAAACAGAACACUAAACGUCUGUCUGCGGUGUGUGAGAGCACAGCCCAAUAUGGACAUUUUCUUGCACACUGGCAAAGAUGAACGGAAAUGGCUUCCACUCUGCCACUGAUGAAGCAACAAAAGUAUGCAGUGGAGAGUCUCUAAAACAUGUUUACUGAUUGCUGUUUAUGAUUACGAUCUUCAGCAAAUGGAUGUACACUCACUGGCUGCUUUACUAGGUACACCUGUUGAAUUGCUCAAACCAAAUGUGUAAUCAGGCAGUCAUAUGUCAGCAGCACAAGGUAUAAAAUCGGACACAAUGCAAGUACAAAUCAGGACCUUCAGAUAAUGUUCACAUCAAACACCAGAAUUGGGAAGAAAGGUAAUCGAAUGUGGCAUGGUUGUUGGUGCCAUCUCUAGGAUUGUACAGAGAAUGGGCCAAAAAAGACAAAAUAUCCAGUGAUUGGCGGUUCUCUAACUGUAAAUGCCUUGUUGAUGGAGGAGGUCAGAGAAGAAUGGCCAGACUAGUUAAAGCUGAUGGAAAAGCAAAAGUUACUUCAGUAAUCACUCGGUACAACCAAGUUAUGCAGAAGAGCAUCUCUGAAUGCACAACACGUCAAGCCUUGAAACAGAUGGGCUACUGCGGCAGAAGACCACACUGUGUGCCACUCUUGUCAGCUCAGAACAGGAAACUGCAGCUACAGUUGGAAAAGGCUCACUAAAAUUGGACAAUGGAAGAUUGGAAAAAUGUUGCUUGGUCAGACAAUGGGUUCACUGUACUCAAAUGGCCGCCACAGCCACCAGAUCUCAAUCCAACAGAGCACCUAUGGGAUGUGGUAGAACGGGAGGUUCGCAUCGUGAAGGUGCAGCAGACAAAUCUGCAGUAACUGUGUGAUGCUAUCAUGCCAACAUGGACCAAAGUCUCUGAGGAAUGUUUCAGGCAGCUUGCUGAAUCUAUGGCAUGAAGAAUUAAGACAGUUCUGAAGGCAAAGGAGGGGCCCAAUGCCGUACUAGCAAAGAGUAACUAAAGUGACCAGUGAGUGUAUGAAUCCCUUAUAAUAAACAAUGAGUUCUCACAUGUUGCUGUUUGAACUUGAACUAUCUUUGCCAUUGCUUGCAAUUUGUUCAUUGAAUCCAGUGAAUCUGUUAAGUGUCUUAACGUCACACCAAACGUCUAUGACCAGCUUUCGUUUGAAGAUUACUGAAGAUGAAAUAUAAAGGAACCUGCCUGUUUCCACAAUAAAAUUUUAGGUUUCAGGAAAAGCGGCCACAGUUCCUCCCCACACGCAUCAGGAAGUUCUGGAGAAGUACGGCACCACACUCAAAGAAGGCUGUCUCUGUGACCAUCUUGUGGAGCAUGUUCCUUACAGUAGGGCUGAUGCUUUGACGAGGUGAUCUUGCGAGAGCUUGCCGUGCUUUCUGGGUUUGACAGAAGACCCGGCCCACUUCCCUAACUGAUUCGACCAUUCUUUUCUGGUCAGACUGGGCUUCCCAUUGUAAACCAUGGUGCCGAGUCUGUCCCUCUUUCAUAGCUUGGCACAGUUGUAUGCGGCGGGUUUGUAUUUUCUGGGGCCCCUCUCAAAAACUCACUUUGGGGCCCCCUUUAGUGUAAUGACUGUUUGUGGCCAACAGGGGGGCCCUAAACAUCUGGGGCCUCACGCAAGUACAUGGUUUGAGUGUUGGUAAACGCUGCCACUGGUGGUUGUCACUGUCCAUCACCAAUUGUGACGGCUCCUUUUCAACUCAGAGUUGUGCCCUUCUUUGUCGAUUUGCUGUUUUCUUGUUGAGCUGGGCCUUGGCUGCUGUGGAUUUGAUUUACUGUGUAAAUCGUGAGCUCCUAUAUAACAAGGGUGACUGAAAUGCCGCUAUGUUUCGUGUAAUUCAUUAUUUGUUUUUGCAUGCUUAUGGAGGCGUGGUCACUUGAUGUAUAUAAAGAUGUUUCUGCAGAACACACGCUUUCUGUCACAUCGAUCCAUUUAAUCUGUAAAAAUAAUCAGUGUUGCUGCAUCUCUGUAGAGAGGACCUCAGAAAUGGGCGUGAAAACGUUCACCCACAGUUCAGCCACCCACAGUCAGGAGAUGCUGGAGAAGCUCAAUGCCCUACGAAACGAGGGCCACUUCUGCGACGUCACCAUCCGGGUGCAGGACAAGCUCUUCCUGGCGCACAAGGUGGUGCUGGCCUGCUGCAGCGAGUUCCUGCGCAGCAAGCUGGUGGGCCGCCCAGACAACGACGACAAGGUGGUGCUGGACCUUCAUCACGUGACGGUGAGCGGCUUCACGCCGCUGCUAGAGUACGCCUACACCUCCACGCUCUCCAUCAACACGGAGAACAUCAUCGAUGUGCUGGCCGCCGCCAGCUACAUGCAGAUGUUUGCCGUCGCCAGCACAUGCUCCGAGUUCAUGAAGUCGAGCAUCCUGUGGAACGCCAGCGGCGGUGGUGGGGGCGCGGCGCAGGAGAAGGCACCGGACGCCACACCGGAGGACGCUGCCGGCUGCACGCCGACGCCGCAAGACGGCAGCCUUUCGCCAGUGUCAUCCGAGUGCAGCGUGAUGGAGCGCGCCAUCCCCGUGUGCCGCGAGUCCCGCCGCAAGCGCAAAAGCUUCAUCGUCAUGUCUCCUGAGAGCCCGCUGAAGUGCCCUGCCUCGCAGGCCGCCUCGCCACAGGUGCCGCACCCGUCCUCGUUCCCAGACGCCGGCGUGCAGCCGGUGGACUCCUCCCUGGCCUUCCCCUGGACCUUCCCCUUCGGCGUGGACCGCCGGUUCCAGUCGGAGAAACCCAAGGUGCCGGGGAGCCCCCACGGGUUGGAACAAGGCGCCUCUGCCACCGACGUGGCCCGCGGCCUGCCCGACUACCUGGCCUGCGAAGGGCCCAAGACGGUGGUGGCGGCAUCUCCACUGGCGGGAGAGGAGGACGUUCGCGUCAAAGUGGAGCGGCUCAGUGAUGAAGAGGCUCACGAGGAAGCAUCACAGCCCGUCAGCGCCUCUCACAGCUCCCUCAGCGACCAGCAGACCGUCCCCGGCAGUGAACAGGUCCAGGAGGACCUUUUAAUCAGCCCCCAGUCCUCCUCCAUAGGUUCCAUAGAUGAGGGUGUCGCGGAGGGCUUGCCUUCCAUUCAGGGCACGUCCAACGCCAGCGGCCACGCAGAAGAUGAUGAGAGGUUAGAGAAUGUUCAGUACCCCUAUCACCUGUACAUAAGCCCCUCCACCAGGCCCGGAACCAAUGGCCCAGACAGGCCGUUUCAGUGUCCCACAUGUGGGGUCAGGUUUACGCGCAUCCAGAACCUGAAACAGCACAUGCUUAUCCACUCAGGCAUUAAGCCCUUCCAGUGUGAUCGCUGUGGGAAAAAAUUCACAAGGGCCUACUCGCUUAAGAUGCACCGUCUGAAGCACGAAGGUAAACGCUGUUUCCGGUGCCAGAUCUGUAGCGCCACUUUCACUUCCUUCGGUGAAUAUAAACACCACAUGAGGGUGUCCCGCCACAUGAUCCGCAAGCCGCGGAUUUACGAGUGCAAAACGUGCGGCGCCAUGUUUACCAACUCCGGCAAUUUAAUCGUACACCUGAGGAGUCUGAACCAUGAGGCGUCAGAGCUAGCAAACUACUUCCAGAGCAGUGAUUUCCUCGUGCCCGACUACCUGAACCAGGUACAGGAGGAGGCCCUGGGACAGUACGAGUUGGCGGAGCAAAGUUUUGAAGGCAACUCCGUCCAGAUGCCGGUCAUCUCCCAGGUCUCCUCCACCCAAAACUGCGAGAGCGCCUUCUCUCUCGCCCCCCCGGGCGCCCUGGCCGCUAAGGAGGUGGAGGAGGACGAAGAGGAGGUGGAGGAGGAGGAGACAGUGUCGGAAGCGCCAAAGACAAGCACUGGCAGCUCUGCGGAGACUCCCAAAGAUGGAGGCUCCCGCAUGGAGGCUCUGGCCUCGCUCACUAUCCAUUGACCCACGUCACCUCCCCCUCCCCCUUCGCUGCCUGAAGCCCUGCCCCCACCCCUUGCCCAACCAAUGGAAAAGUGCCUGAAUUUUGUUCUCUGUGAUUUUAAGUAAAAAAAAACACCAAGGUGAGAUUUAAAUCCUGGCAAGAGCAACAAAAGGUUUUUGAGUUUUCUUUUUCUUUUUGCAGUUUCAAACUGGAUCCUAUGAGUGCUUUUUUUUUUACAGUUAAGUUAGGCUUAUGUUUUUAGUGUUGCUUACAAACAACUGCUUGUAGGUUUUGAAUAGUUUGACACUGAUAUUGUCGAUGGUUGAUAGUUGAUGUUAAUCGUGUGAGUACGUAUGUGUGUGAAUGUGUGUAACGUCCCUAAGAAUAUGAACCACUUACAUUAUAUAUAGAAUAUAUAUAUAUAUAUGUAUGUGUGUAUGUGUAUAUAUAUAUAUAUAUAUAUAUAUAUAUAUAUAUA